ACAUGGUGAAACUAAAUAUAUAUUAUUUUCGUGUUAUUUGUUUUUGAAGUGGGACGAUUUUUGAAAUUUGAUGCAAGAGACCGGAACGGCUAGACGGAAAAGGCCCUGCGUUAGAGUGCGUUGGCUGACUUUUCAAGUUUAACGGUCAACGGCCAUCGCCAAUUCGAGUUUCCACUUAACUUACGAAUCUCCUUCUCGUCCGGUGAUUAACGUCAAUUUCUCUUCAAAAGGGCAAGUUUAAAUCCGGUCUAAACACCCGAACAACUGUAAAUAAAAAUAUGGAAGAGGAAAUCGCCAAGAAGAAGUUAAAAUUGAAAGAAGAAAUUGCAACUUAUAAAGGAAAUGACCCUCUUAAGUUAAGAUACGAUUUUCUUGUGUGGUUGGACACCACUUAUGGCAAAGAUUCGUGUUCAAAUCAUUUUAAUGCAUUACUUCAAGACACCCUUCAAGUUUUUUGGAACUCAAAUUAUUACAGCAACGAUGAGAGGUUUAUACAACUCCUUGUGUUUUAUACCGAGAUGCAACCAAACCCUUUGGAAGUGUUCGUAAAGAGUGUUAAGAAAGGGGUUGGUGUUAAGUCUUCACAGUUUUAUGCAAGUUGGGCGAACGAAUUUUGCAAAGUGGACAAUUAUCAAGAAGCAGAUAGGAUAUUUAAUUUGGGCUUUUCCAAUAACGCAGCCCCUAAAGAUGUGUUGGAAAAUUUAUACAAACAAUUUCUUCAGACAAUUGGAAAAAAAUACCUUAGAGGUGAAUUGACAAAUGAUGUAAACACAAAGAAUCUUGUGUGUUCUAAAUGUUCCUCUCAAGUGCAGCAAAAUGGCGAAGCACCUCCAGUUUCAACACCACAAGAUUAUAAUAUUGAAGAUCCAGUUCAGUGCUGGGAAAUGAAUCCUUUGAAAGUCGGAGAUCCAGAUUAUUUUUCAUGCGCUGUUGUCUAUUUGGAACCUAAAGAUCCUGUUAAAGUAGCAAUGUAUCCUAAAGAUUUGGUAUACGCCAGUGAAAAAGAGAUCAGCCUUGAGGAAAUAAAGGCAAGAAAUUAUUUAAAUAAACUUGACACUAUAAUGGCAGUCGAUGAUAUAAUUCUCGAAAAGAAACCUCAAAAAGAAGAAGAAAACAGCAAUACUAAAAAAGAUAGAUCAAGCCAUCUCUCUAGCACGCAGUGUGGAGACAUCACUAAGGAAGCAAUGAACAUCAUUGAAGAAAUGUGGUACAGCCAUGGUCUACCUCCUGGUUGCCCAAACAAAUUUACAUCUUCAGAGCCACCAGCUCAAAGUGAACCGUUCAAAGUUUACGAUGAUGAAACACCUUUGACAAUCAGACAAAAAACCAAUACACCUUUUACCGUGUGCACAGAGGAUUCUAAAUCCGAGAAUUGUGAUCCUGAAAAUAAGCUCAAGGGAUUAGCCAGCAUUAAAAAAACUCAACCUUCAAUCCCAAGGGUGAAUGUCUUAUCGGAGAGGAAGAUAGAUCCAACUCCUGCUCUGGUUGAGAGGCCAUCUAUAGCAAGUCAGAAACUAAACUUUGGCCCUAUGGAUGCAGAUGGUCGUUUAUCUGAAAAGCUGAGCCAUGCUUCAAUUAAAAAUAAUCCUCUUGUUGGUAUUACUGAACUUGAUGAUGGCUGUGAUGAUACAUGCAACACUAAGGCGUUUGCUUUUGUUCUUCCUUCAUCCACACCUGUUCAUCAAAAAAAAUCUGCCACAUCUGGACAAAACGCUUCUAAUAAAAAUGAUGGGUCAUACAUCGAAGAAUCUAAUGAUAAAAAUGAUCGCAAAACACAGCAAGAACUGAGCGUCAUUCUUGAGGCUAGUAAAGAGAGAUAUAGCAGUUCAAGUAGCAGUAAUGGGUCCUCUAAUCCCCGAACCCCUGGAUUUCUAGCUAGACCAGAUGUUCAAGCAUGUGUCCUAUUCCUUCAAAAUCCUAUCUCCUGGAUUGUGUACCAAGAUUUGUGUGGAACUCAAAUGUUUACCUAUGACUAUUUCCCGCUCUAUGUCCCAGAACAUUGCUUACAUAUGCUCUUUUUUUAUGAAGUCUUAAGAAAAACAUAUAGAAAUAUAAAUUGGAAAGAAACUUUGACCAAUACAUUCACUCCAGUUGCUGUACUCUGUGAAGAAUAUGUUACGAAAUCGGCCACAAAAAGAAAAAGUUAUUGCAAACUGUUUGAAAAUCAGAUAAAAUUAUAUAGCGAUGAAGGUACAAAGAUUCCACUUUUAGAACUUAAUUCUGCCUUUGGGAAUUUAAAACAAACUAAGUUAUUGAAAUCAAAGGGAACAAGGUUCAGUGAUUUUGACGACAGAACAGAAAGAAACAGUUCAGUCCUUGAAAGAAGAAAGAUAAGAUCGCUGUCAUGUAAUAUGUUAAAUAAUUUAAUUCCAGAUACAGCUCUCAGAAAACAAAAAGGUUUCAAAUCUCAAAGUUAUCUUUCUAAAGAUACAAAAAACUCAUCUAUCAUUAAGCGUAACAGAGAUUUAGAAAACUCUGGUAAAAAAGUAGAAAAAUCAAUCAGACUAUCAAAACAGCCGGGCUUGGAAAAUACUAAAGGAAAAGUCCUUGUAGAACAAUCAGACAAUAUUAUAUUGGAUAUCAUCAGACCACUAAAAUAUGACAACAUCGAGGAUCCAUUUUGUCCGAAGUUAAUAGACUCGUUCCUGAAUCAGAUGAAGUUUCCACUUCCGUAUCAAUCUGCACAGUACCAUAUUAUGAAGGGCAACGUACCGAACAUGACCAAGAGUGUAAAAAUAGGAGAGGAAUCAUACAACAUUCUGAGCGAACUUGGAAAAGGUGCAUAUGCUAGAGUGGUAAAGGCCAGAUACGGCAAUAAAGAAUGCGCCUUGAAAGUGGAAAAACCAGCGUGCAAGUGGGAAUAUUACAUAGCAAAAGAAUUGCAGAGGCGUAUUGUUCCUCAAAUGAGAAAUGCUUUUAUGAUUGUGGAUGCAGCUUACGUGUACCAAAAUGGCAGUAUACUACGUAUGAACUGGGCUCCUUAUGGAACAUUGUUGACUCUUAUAACUGAGCACAAACAAAAAAUAGGGAAAAUGUUGGAUCUUUUUGUCAUAAUUCACUUUGCUAUUGAAAUGAUCGAUAUUGUCGAUUCUCUCCAUAAAGCCAAAAUAAUACAUGGUGAUAUAAAACCAGAUAAUUUCGUCUUGAAACAUCUCCCAGUAGAAAAUGAAACAGAGUCAUGCAUUCAGCUAAUAGACUUCGGGAGAAGUAUCGACAUGACUUUGUUUCCAGAAGGCACUCAGUUCAAACAUGUUGUUACCACUGAUGGUUUCCAAUGCAAUGAAAUGAAAGAAAACAAACCUUGGACUUAUCAGACUGAUCUUUAUGGCCUUGCUGGCUCUUUGCAUUGUCUUUUGGUUGGUAAUUAUAUGAAAGUAGUCAAGAAAAAUAAUGAAUGGAAAUUAAUGCAACUUCUCCCAAGAAACGUUAGGCGGGAGUUGUGGGAUCCCAUUUUCCACAAGCUGCUCAAUACAAAUUCUAGCAAUUGUCUUCCCAAUUUGGAAGAGAUGAAACACAGACUACACCAAGAAUUGAACGGUUAUGGUGACAACUUUGUAUUUUCUACAAAUCUCAAGCAGCUUCAUAACUUAAUGAAUGGUUCUUGAAAGUACCGCUUUCCCCUCUACUAAACCCGUCAGAGAAAUUGUAAAUUAAUCUUCUGUGCAUGGAGUGGGGUGGGGUGAAUAACUUAAUUUAAAAUGUAUUUGGAACACAGUAUCUUGUGUUUUAUAUGAGCUUGUAAAAUAAUGAUUAUGUAAAUAUCUUUUUAUAAUAUAUAUCUUCUUUACUUCA